AAAAGGAGUGAGAGUGAGAGUGAGAGAGUCCUUCUUCCUCCUUCUCCUAUCCAAAUUCCAAAAUUUCAUCACUUUCUCUCCUAGUUUUUCAUCUUCCUCUCUCUAUCCAAUUCCUAACAACAACCUUUAUCACUGUCAUACGGUGAUGUUCUCUCUUUAUCACUGAAACCAACCCAUAAAUGGCAACAACAUCAACAUCAUAGCACAACAAAAAACCUCAAUUUAGCAACAAAAAAAAAAUGGCGGUAGAAGAGCACAACAAUGAAUGGCCACCAACAGGGGCUCCACUUGACCUUCACAGAGACGAACAUUGGACCAAUUUUGAUAGCUCAGUCAAUGCUGUUUCCUUUGGGUUUGUAGCAACUGCUAUUCUCAUUUCAAUGUUCUUAGUCAUGGCUAUUUUUGAAAGAUGUCUUAGACCCAUUUCACCGAUUAUGUCUCCGGCCGGUCGCCGGAGCCAUCCUAACGUUGAGUCUCAGAUGGGUUCCAACGGCAAGCUUUCUCACCCAUCACCAAAAAUGAGUGUAUAUUCCAGUGAGGUUUCGGUUUUGAUGCCUGGAGAUGAGAUUCCUACAUUCAUCGCCCACCCUGCUCCGUGUUGUCCAGAACGUAUUGCGUGGCCUUCUCAUCAGCAUAACACGUUACCUUGUUCGACUUCAAACACUAGGUCGAAUAUCAAUGAAGUCUGAAUGUGACAAUAUUGCAUCAAGGGGUUGAUGCAUAUUCUGUUGGGAUAAUUUGUGUUCCAUUCAUUUUUACCUGAAUGAGUUCUCUUUUAUAGUUUUGUUACAUGUAAUAUAGAAUUUAGUUUAGGUUUUGCAGUUGAAUAUCCUUUGAAGUACAAGAUCAAUUUCUGUCUAAACUUGCUUUCUUCUUAGUGAUGUAAAUCUCAAUUAUCAAUACAUAUGGUGUGUCCAUCAACUGAAUAAAUCUUCCAUGAGUCUUCAUACCACAA